AUGAUGGCGUUCGGGGACGACCUUGACGACGGUAUGGCGGAGCGUCUGAUGAACGGGACUACCGACGCAAAUAACUCUUCUUCCUCAGCUCCAUUUGUCGACGACUUCGAUCUUAUCUCGGAACGUGAGACGCUCGUAUUUGAGGAAGAUUUCUUUCGUCAGCAAAAGCGACUUGGCAAACGUGGAGGUUUCUUCCAGACGUAUUUAUUCGAGAAAAUUCAACCAGGAUCAGUGAAAGGCUCCAUGUUCACAAUGACAGUCGCAAUUGUCGGUGCUGGUGUAUUGGCGCUUCCCUACGCCGUACAACAGGCGGGACUAAUUUUGGGCAUCUCACUUAUUGCUUUGGGUGCGAUAGCUACAAAUUUUACUCUAAGACUGCUACUAGAGUGCUCGGAUCUUGGUCAGGCGCGUUCGUAUAUGGACUUGGCCAUGGCUACAGGAGGACACAAGCUGGCAGGUUUUACACAGCUAGUUGUGUGCAUCAACCUCUUUGGAACGUCGAUUGGCUACCUUGUGGGUAGUACCGAGUUGGUCCAACUUGCGUUGCGGACGUUCCUGGGGAGAACGAGCCAGAGCAUCUUUCUGGACCGACAGACGUUAGUCCUGAUACUUACAGGGUUUCUCGUGCUGCCGUUGUCGCUACUACAAAGUCUGGAGUCACUGAGAUUUUCAUCGCUGUUUUCGAUUGUCUGCAUCGUGUUCAUGGCGUUGGUGAUCGUGAUCAAGUACUUUCAGUUUGUGCAUGAAGGUCUGGCUCCAACAAUCGAGUUUCAGAUCAAGCAUUUGCGGCUGUUUGACUGGCGUCUUAGCCACUUGCUACGUGCGAUUCCACUCGUCGUGUUCUCCUUCACGUGCCAUCCGAACGUACUUCCUAUCUAUUUGGUACUCAAGCGUCGAUCCAGCACAAGAAUGUACAAGGUUAUGAACCGCAGUAUCGGCAUUGCGACGGUCGUGUAUUCGCUCUGUGGGUUCUUUGUUGUUCUCACAUUUGGCGAGGCGACCCAGUCUAAUUUUCUCAGAAACAAUUACCACGGCGAUGGUGCUGUGAUCGCUGGGUCUUUGGGUUUCGGCAUCGCACUUAUUUUGACCGUCCCACUGUUCGUCCACACGUUACGUGACAACAUCCGCGAGGCUCUAUUGGAUAACCGUUCACUCGAUUUGGUACGUCAUGCUUUUUUGUCAGUGUUUCUAGUAUUGGCUGCAGUUUUAGUAGCCUUGGGAUCCGGCGACAUUGCGUCUGUACUCGGUGUGCUUGGUGCCACAACCAAUCCGACGAUCUGCUUCAUACUGCCGGCAUUUUUCGUCGUUCGACUGGGCAGCAAACACCAUCGCUCCAGUCAGAUCACUGCCGUGGCAAUAGCCGUCAUUAUGACUGUCGUGAGCGCAUUGAGUUUACUACAACAGAUGCACAUUAUCGCUUAA